AUGGUCAAAAUUGCGGAUCCUAAGGUGGACCAGUUACGGUUCCUGUUAAGAGAGCGGAACUUGGCAGUUUCGGGCUCCAGAGCCGAAUUAGUACAACGACUAAUUGAGUUUGAGAAAACCGAAGACGUAGAGAUGCCACAAGCAACUGGAAACAUAAGUCAACAUGAGGAGGAGACGCUGACGUCACAUGCGGCGGCAAUUUCACACAUGCAAAAUGAAAUGACUGAGCUGAAGAAUAUGAUGGUUCAGUUGGUCAUCAUGCAACGACAAAACGCGGAAGCAACAGCAUCAGGUGAAACAGCACAAGCGGCAGCAGCAACAACAAACCAGCAGCAGAUCAGAGAAGAAAAAAUAGGCUACCAAUUACCCCAGUUCAUCGAUCGUGUCAACAGGGUAGUUGAGGCUUACCAAUGGGACGAGAAGUUUCGUUUGCUCGCCAUUUAUACGCGGCUUAAGGGUCCCGCUAAGAUGUGGCUCGACUCGUCGCCGGUUCUACACACCACAUGGAGUGACUUCGCUGCAGCUAUAAGAGACGAGUUUGGAUCUAACCCAGAUGAGGCAGAAGUUCACUUCAAUAUGGCCAAUGCAACCAGACGAUCAAAGGAGACAGUAAAGGAGUACUGUUUCCGGAUGUCCGUCCUUGGCGUGCGGUACAAGCUUAGUGAAGCAGCUGUUUUUUCGUCAAUGAAGCAGUUUCGUGAUGCAGCCGAAUCGUAUUUUGUAAAUAGAGGUCGACCAAUCGCAAACAAAAAGGAGUUCGUACCAAAAGGCAGCAACUUUGAGACAAAGCAGGAUUACGACGUAAAGCCAACAAAGCCAAAGGAGGCUCAGAAGUGCUACAAUUGUGGAGAAUUGGGGCACUUCGCUAGUUCAUGCCAACAAGAAAAAAAGAAGUCGCGUUGUACCAACUGCAAUAAGUUUCAUGCACGCAAUGAGAAAUGCCAACCGGCAGAUAUGAUGCGUUUGGGUGCCGCGAAUCUCGAAAAGCUAUUCACCAGGAAAAUCUACAUAAAGUCGUACAUCUAUAGCGCCUUCAUUGAUACUGGAAGUCAGGCUAGUAUCAUGCGCCAAUCAGUUGCCAAACAAAUCAACGCUGAUCGCCACAAGUGCUCUAUGAAGAUUCGAGGCAUUUGUGGGGGUUCCUGUAUCCUGACUGAAGCAAUGGUUGUGGAUAUGGACAUCGAUGGAAAAAUGAUUACUGCCAAAGUAUACGUAGCAGACGACGACCUGCUGAAAGAGGACUUUCUGUUAGGACAAGACGUCAUCAUUAGCGGACAGCUAUCGCUGAAGUUUGAGCCAGGCGACACUGAAGUGAAACGUGCAGUUCAUCAACCGGUAGCCUUUGUAAGCAACAACCUAACUACAAAACUUCUUGUCAAUCUACAGAAACAUCAGGAAAGAAGUAAAAUGGGCGGUUUGCUAGAGAAGUUCAACCAUGUUUUCUCAACAGGACUGCAAGGCAUAGGCAAAACCAACAUCUUUCAAGCCAACAUUAGCGUUGAGAGUGGCCAAGUGGUUUCGCAAGUGCCAUACCGAGUAUCCGAGCCAAAAAAGGAAUUUGUAAGCAGUGUGGUCGAAGAGCUGUUGGAGCAGGAUAUUAUCAUACCAUCCACGUCAGAGUACGCCAGCCCAGUGGUGCUCAUCAAGAAGCCAAACGGUAGUGAUCGACUCUGUGUUGAUUACCGCCGUCUCAAUAAACUGAUCAAGAAGGAAAAUUUUCCUGUACCGAACAUCGAGGAGCGUCUGCAGGAGGCGAAGCGAUUUAAAUACUUUUCUUCUCUGAACCUCAACAGCGGUUAUUAUCAGAUAGAAGUAGCACCGGAAAGUAGAAAGUUUACUGCAUUCAUCACUACGGAUGGACUGUAUGAGUUCAAGCGGCUUCCUUUUGGACUAAAAACUGCACCUGCUGUAUUCAAUCGACUCAUGGCAGAAUUACAGAAGCGAGUGCAGAAAGGCGACAUGAUACAUUACAUGGACGACAUCUUAAUUGCUAGUCAGACGUUUGACGAGAUGUAUGAGAAGCUUGAGCGAAUCCUCCAAGUAUUGCAAGAGUGCGGACUAACGCUAAAUCUGGAUAAAUGUGAAUUGUUCAAGCAAACAAUUACAUUCCUGGGUCAUCAGAUACACGCAGACGGCAUCAGUCCUGGAGAGGUUAAGACGAACGCUAUUGCAAUGUUCUCGUGGCCGAGCAAUGUGACUGAAGUACGGCAGUUCUUGGGUCUCAGCGACCAGACGUUUAAGUGGGAACAGCCACAACAGGAUGCAUUUGACGAGUUAAAGAGACGCCUAAUAUCGAAGCCCGUUGUCACCAGUUACCGACUCGAUGCUGAGCAUGAGCUACAUACGGAUGCCAGUGCCGUUGGCUUAGCCGGAGUAUUGCUGCAGAAGGAUGAGAUGAAGCCAAUUGCUUAUUAUAGCCGAGCAACGUCCAAAGCAGAGAAGAACUACCACAGUUACGAACUAGAAGCUCUAGCCGUCGUCGAGUCGUUGGAGCGAUUUAAAUAUUACAUCUAUGGUAAGCGUAUUAAAGUCGUUACCGAUUGUAAUGCCCUGAAAACAUCAAUGGAGAAACGAGAGCUUAUACCCCGAAUUGCAAGAUGGUGGCUACGUAUACAAGAAUUUGACAUAGACAUUGUUCAUCGAGCUGGAACCCAGAUGAAUCAUGUUGACGCGCUAAGUCGAGCUCCAUUUGAGGAUGCACAUGAGAUGGACACAGCAUCCCUGCAAAUUUCGAAGACCAUCAUCGACGAGGCUGAUUGGUUGUUUGCCAUACAAUUGCAAGAUGAGAAAAUCCAGAAGAUUGUCGCUGAGAUUAACAUUGAUAAGAAAUCUGAGAAUGACGAGUAUGUGAUCGAGCAAGAUCGCCUGUUUCGCAAAUAUGACGGCAAGCUACUAUGGCUAUUGUAUGGUUAUGAGCCACGAGAUAUCCUCAAGAACACAGUGACAAAUGCGAUCCAAGGCCCGGAUCUGAAGAUGCUGACGAGUUGGAAAAGCUACGAGCAGAUGCUGCGACUACAGUCAACGAUCAUAGGGCUGCUGCGAAGAAACGUUACGAUGCUAGACAUUCCAAGCCAACGAAUGAAUUGCUGGUGCGAACUCCCACCCGAUGAACCAGAUGAAGAUGACGACAUGGAAGGCGACUCACCCUUCGAAUCUCGCGAGGACGCUGCGAUUUUUCAGGAAAGGCCGACUGUGAAGAGCUGUUAG